AUGGCACCUAGACCUCCUCCACCUCCUAUUCCAAAUCCAGAUAAUCCUCAUUUGGUGGGAGCAAUUGAGGCAAUGAUAGCAGCCAUGCAGCAACAAAAUGCUAACAUGAUAGGAGAAAACUGUUUGGCCGCUGGUUCUUCCCAAGCUUCACUGCCACGAGUGCAAGAGUGGAGUUUGGAGGAUUUCCUACAAUACCAUCCAUCCCGCUUUGAUGGCAAAGUUAGCCCGGAUGGAGCUGAUCAGUGGAUGCGGGACAUGGAACGAAUCUUUGAUGCUAAGAGAUGUCCUGCAGAGAACAGGCUGGCAUACACUGAGUAUCUUCUUGCUGGAGAGGUCGUGCAUUGUGUGAGGUAUGCGAAGGAGGUCGAGUUCUUGCAGCUGACGCAAGGAGAAAUGUCAGUGUCGGAGUACGCUGAAAAGUUCAAACACUUGGGUAGAUUCCACACCCUGAAGAUGGCAGAGGAAUGGUAG